AUGUCUGCGCAGCAAUCCCAGAGCAUUCAGACCCUCCUCGAGGCCGAGAAGGAGGCCGCGAAGACCGUCCAGCAGGCGCGCCAGUACCGCGUCCAGAAGCUCAAGGACGCACGCGCACAGGCUGCAAAGGAGAUCGAGGUGUACAAGAGGCAGAAGGAGGACGAGUUCAAGGCCUUCGAGGCAUCGCACGCCGGAAGCACGCAGACAGCACAGACCGCGGUCGACCAAGAAACUGAGAUUAAGCUACAGGAGAUUACGGAUGCAUACAACAAGAACAAGGACCAGGUCGUCAAGAAGCUACUCGACCGCGUCGUACUAGUCAAACCGGAGCUGCACCGUAACCUCAAGAAGGCGCAGGCGUAG